GGUUUUCUUCCUAUUUCUUGAUGUAUUUGUGUGUAGAGUUUGUCUCCUCCCUCAUCUCUUCUUGAAGUGUGAAAAGCAGGAAGUGUCUGAUUUAGUUCAAACAGUCUGUUAAUGUGUCAGUAUGGGCUCCAGUGCACUGUCUCUCACACUCUUGCUGAUGUCCUUCAUCCACUCUGGACUCACUCAAGUUUCACCCAGAUCUACUCUGACUGUGACUCCAGACAACACAGUAUUCACUGGAGAGAGAGUGAUUCUGACGUGUGAGAUUGAGCCUGAUCACAGUCACUGGGAAUAUGAGUGGAAUAAAGACAGUGUAAAGGUACAGUCGUCUGAUCGUUACACAAUACAAGGAAACACUCUCACUAUUGAAGGAUCUGAAUCAUCUGAUGAGGGUCAGUACACGUGUGGAGGACGCAUAACUGGAGGAUCAGUCUCAUCACAAUCAAACCCUGUUUCUCUCUCAGUGAAGGACUUACCCAAACCCCAGCUGACUGUAGAUCCAGAGAGUCGUGUCUUCACUGGAGAGACGGUCAAUCUGAAGUGUGUGAUAACACAGUCUUACAGUGGCUGGACAUAUGAGUGGUAUAAAGGCACAGACAGAGUAAAGUCGUCUGAUCGUUACACUGUAAACACACACACUCUCACUAUCAGACGAGCUACUACAUCUGAUGCGGGUCAGUUCUGGUGUAAAGGACAGAGAUAUGGAAGUCCUUCAUCCUCACAGGAGAGUGACCGGAUUUAUCUCACUGUAAAUGACUUACCCACACCUAAACUGACUGUAGAUCCAGACAGAUCUGUCUUCACUGGAGAGAGAGUGAUUCUGACGUGUGUGAUUGAGUCUGAUCACAGAGACUGGAGAUAUGAGUGGUGGAAAGGAAACUCAUACAUUCAAGUGUCUCAGCGUCUCACUGUAGACAGAAACACUCUCACUAUUGAAGGAUCUGAAUCAUCUGAUGAGGGUCAGUACACGUGUAGAGGACACAUAGAAGGAAGAUCAGUCUCAUCACAAUCAAGCUCUGCUGUUUCUCUCUCAGUGAAGGAUUCACCCAGAUCUACUCUGACUGUGACUCCAGACAAUACAGUAUUCACUGGAGAGAGAGUGAUUCUGACGUGUGUGAUUGAGUCUAACACUGACUGGAGAUGGAGAAAUGGCCUGACACAUGACCGGAGAUAUGACUGGACACCUGUCUGGAGAUAUGAGUGGAAUAAAGACAGUGUAAAGUUACAGUCGUCUGAUCGUCACACUGUAAACACAGACACUCUCACUAUCAGAGCAGUAACUACAUCUGAUGAGGGUCAGUACACGUGUAGAGGACAGAGAGAUACAAGACCAAACUCAUCACAAUCAAGCUCUGUUUCUCUCUCUGUGACGGUCUCAGCAACUUCAUCUUCUCUUCUGGUCACUGGUGUGGUUGUGGGAUCGAGUGUUUGUCUGUUGUUCUUCCUCUCACUGCUGCUGAUGUGGAGAUACAAGAAGAACAAAGAUCAGCAAAGUAACAAUAACCAGACAUCAGUCCCAAAUCAAUCUGCACAAUCUCAACUGGAGAACUUUCCUCUACAGCCUGAUUCUGAUCACAUUUAUGACGAUGUGACUGAAGUGAAUAAAAGAGACAAAGAUGAUCCAGAGCCAUUUUUGGAGGUCACAUAUUCAGAAGUAAUUUUUAAGAAAUAUAUAUCUGUGGAUAAAGAUGAUACCAUGGCAGAGUCAAAUAAUGUGACAUACUCAGAAGUCAAGAAAAUAUGCUGAUGCUGAAGUUGGUGAUGCAACUUAUGCUCAACUUAUUAGGAAGAAUACUAAAACGCGUCCCUGAGUUCAGAGAAGACACCAGACGACUAAAAGAGAUUCACAGCCGCAGACACAGUAACGCUUGCAUUGCUUCAGAAAUGAUAAUGAGUGAACUGAUUAUGAACAUGCUUGAUUGAAAUACUUUACAGAUAUUUAUGCACUGUAUUAUAUGUACAAUUGCAAGCAAUAAAAUCUAUCUACACAUAUAGUAAAACAUUUUUACCAGUGAGCACUCAUGUCUGACACAAUUCAGUGUUAAUUGUCCUAACAAUUAAUACAUUAUUCUAUUGGUAAUUAACAACCGUUAAAUGAAUAAUAAAAAAAAUAUUGAAUAAAUAUUAUAAAAUAGUAAAGUAUAG